AUGGCGGCUCUUGGGAGGUUGGUUGUCCUCUGUGGUGUCCAAGGAGGCCGAGCUCUGUUCCUCCAAACCCCAGUGAUCAGACCUGCUUAUGUCUUAGCAUUCCUCGAGGACCGGUCCACCCGAGGAGUGCAGCACAUUCACCUGUCCCCCAGCCGCUAUACUAGUUCCAAGGCUGCAUCUCUUCACUGGACUGCUGAGAAGGCUGUCAGCAUUUUGAUCCUGGGCCUCCUUCCAGCUGCUUAUUUUACUCCUUGCUCUGUAGUGGACUACUCCCUGGCUGCAGCAGUGACUAUCCAUAGUAAAUGGGGCCUUGAAGAAGUUAUUUCUGACUAUGUCCCUGGGAAAGCAUUACAGAAAACUGCCAAGGCAGGCCUUGUGACACUCUUGGCAUUAUCCUUUGCUGGGCUUUGUUAUUUCAACUAUCAUGAUGUGGGUAUCUGCAAGGCUGUUGCCAUGUUGUGGAAGCUCUGACUGUAUGUAUGAGCUUUUGCUUUUUCAUUUACAAUCUGCUAAUGGGAACUCAGCUUUAUUACUCUCCAUACAUUGUGAUCACUCUUCUAUAUUUGCCUUGGGAAUUAUUGACAAAGGGAAAGACUGUUAAUAAAAUAAAGACUUUG